AUGCGCUGGCGUUCUCACGGGGGAGGGGAGGCUCGGAGGGAGGAGAGAAGAAGAAGGGGAGGGGAUGUCGGGCAGAGGAAGAGGGAAGUUCUGUGCCUAGUGUCUCUUCAGAGGAACUGGGAUUUUCCAGGAUCAGACAUUCAAAUCAUCUACUCUCCAGAUGCUGAACACUGUCAGCACCUGUGCACCCAUCAUCCAUCUUGUCAAUUCUUUGCUUUUAUAGGUCCUGAUUGCACGGUUGACAGAAGACAUUUCCACUGCUUCCUUAAGUCUACCCUCCGCAGAACACCAGUUCGUCAGAAUCAAAAGCAGGGUACCACUGCUGGUUAUUCUCUUAAACUCUGCUAUCCAGACCCAAAACCAUGUCUGUCACGGAUUUAUGACGACGUGGACUUCCCAGGAUCAGACUACAGAACUUUUUUCACAGCAGAUUAUAAGGAAUGUCAGAGAGCCUGCACUGAUGACCCAAGCUGUCAGUUCUUCAGUUUCCUAAAUCAAUGCCACCUGAAAUUCAGCUGGACAGUACCGAGGACACCAAAUAUAAGAGCACUCGGUGACAGAAUAUCCGGCUUUUCCCAAAGGAUGCAAGCGACUAUGUCCUUGCUCUCAGAGUGUAAGGGCACGCUUUAUCCAAACACUGACUUUCCUGGACGUGACUUUGAGAUUCUGCCCACUGUGUCUGCUGAACAUUGUCAAGCCUUGUGCUCGGCUCACCCACGAUGCACACACUUCUCUCAUAUAAGAUCUACAUUUAGAUGUUACCUCAAGAACAAUCCAGGACAAAUGAUCCCUAAACCUGUAGGAGGCAUCACAUCUGGUUUACCAGCACGGUCCUGUCAGCUGGAUGACAGUUGGAUUAAGGUUGUUCAUGUGGGAAUAGAUUUCCCCUCUUCAGAUAUUCGCCGUUUUUCCUUGAACAAUGUCGGGUCUUGUCAGAAGAGCUGCACAGAAGAUCCUAACUGCCAGUUCUACAGCUACAUCCCAACAAGACGCCUCUGUUUCCUGAAGCGUAUCAUCACUUUGCCUACUCCACCCAAAGUAACCGAGCAGACCAACGCCGUGUCAGGGUUCUCCCUCAGGAACUGCCGUUGAAAGUCCAAUGUUCAAAUUAUGUAACACCGCUAAGCAUCGAAUGAAAAUACCAUGCAAAAAGUCUGAUCAAUUCUCAUCAAAAUAAAGGAUUUGGCUCUG